AUGCCGCUUGGCGUGCCGGCGGGGCGGGGCGGGACGCGGCGGCGCCGGGCCCCCCCACUCUCCGGAGCCCGAACGCGAACGGAGCCGCCCCCCCGCCCCGCGCCGCCCGCACCGCCAUGGCCCCGCGAGGCGCUCCGCGGCCAUGAAGCCGCUGAGAAGAUUGCUGAAGAAGCCCGGCUCGCCCCUGCCGCAGCGCUGCCCGGCAACGCGCCGCCACAGCGCGGCCCCCCCGGAGGAGCCCCCGGGGCCGGCGGCGGGGCGAAGGCGGGAGUUGGAGCUGCGUCCCCCCGAGGUUCCCGCUGCCGCCGCGCCGCCGGAUCCCCGUCGGCGCUGUCCCCGUCGGAGCUGAGCCCGGGGGGGGACCGCGCCGCGCUCAGCCCGGAGCCGCCGCCGCCGCCCCCCCCGCGCUGCUGCUGCCGCUGCCCCCGCCGCGCCCGCGCCCCGAGCGCUCCUAGCCGCCGUCCUCGAACGGCUGCCGGGGGGGGGGGGCACGGCCGGGGCUGCCGAGCAGAUUCGCUGCUGGAUGACAUCGUGCUCACGCAUUCGCUGUUCCUGCCCACCGAGCUCUUCCUGCAGCAGCUGCACCAACACUUCGUGCUGGCUGGCGAUGGGUCCCCCCCGCGCUGGGAGGAGGGGUCCGGGCUGCGGCGCAAGCGAGCGGUGCUGGCGGUGCUGCUGCACUUCCUCGAGACCUACAAGGGGCUGCUGCAGGAGGAGGAGAGCGCGGGGAAGGUCAUCAAGGAGCUGUAUCUGCUCAUCAUGAAGGACGCGUCCCUGUACCACGAGCUGGAGGAUGAGAUCCUGAAGCUGCACCAACUGGUGGAGACGGUGGAGCUGAAGGUCCCCGAUGAAGCCCCUCCCCCGAGCAAACAGGUGAAGCCGCUGUUCCGCCACUUCCGCCGCAUCGACGCCUGCCUGCAGACACGCGUGGCGUUCCGUGGCUCCGAUGAGAUUUUCUGCCGUGUCUACAUGCCGGACCAUUCGUACGUCACCAUCCGCAGCCGCCUGUCGGCAUCGGUGCAGGACAUCCUGGCCUCGGUCAGCGAGAAGCUGCAGUACUCGGAGGAGCAGAGCGCCCGCGACGAUGCGCUCAUCCUCGUCACCGUGGCCUCAUCUGGAGAGAAAGCCGUGCUGCAGCCCAGCGAGGAGUGCGUCUUCACCACGCUGGGCAUCAACAGCCACCUCUUCGCCUGCACCCGCGAGACCUUCGAGUCUCUGGUCCCGCUCCCGGAGGAGAUUCAGGUGGUGCCUGGAGACAGCGAGAUCCACCGCGUGGAGCCCGAGGACAUCGCCAACCACCUCACUGCCUUCCAUUGGGAGCUCUUCCGCUGCAUCCACGAGCUGGAGUUUGUGGAUUACGUCUUCCAUGGGGAGCGCGGGCGGCGUGAGACGGCCAACCUGGAGCUGCUGCUGCAGCGCUGCAGUGAGGUGCAGCACUGGGUGGGCACGGAGCUGCUGCUCUGCGAGUCGCUGGGACGGCGAGCGCAUCUGCUGAAGAAGCUCAUUAAAAUCGCUGCCAUAUGCAAGCAGAACCAGGACAUGCUCUCCUUCUACGCCAUCAUCAUUGGGCUCAACAACGCCGCCAUCAGCCGCCUGCGGCUCACCUGGGAGAAACUCCCAGGGAAAUUCAAGAACUUGUUUCGGAAAUUUGAGAAUCUGACGGACCCCUGCAGGAACCACAAGACCUACCGGGAGGUGCUGGCUAAGAUGAAGCCCCCCCUCAUCCCCUUCAUUCCGCUCAUCCUCAAAGAUCUGACCUUCCUGCACGAAGGCAGCAAAACCCUCCUGGAUGGGCUGGUCAAUGUGGAGAAGCUGCACUGCAUCGCCGAGAAGGUGAGGACCAUCCGCAAGUACCGGAGCCGCCCGCUGUGCCUGGACCUGGACCCUUCCCCCAGCCAGCUGCAGACCAAGGCCUACGUGCGGCAGCUGCAGGUGAUCGACAACCAGAACCUGCUGUUCGAACUGUCCUUCAAGCUGGAGCCGGGCGGGCAGUGAGCGGCGCCGUCCUGCACUCUGCACUUUGUCCGGGGGUCCCAGCCCCCAGUUUUUUGUAUGUCUCCCCCCCCCCAUCGCAGCCCCCAACUGGGACCCCCCAGAAUGUGUCUAUUU